AUGUCUCUCAAGUACUUCUUACCUUUGAUGGAUACUGCUAUGAAUCUAGACAACAAGUCCGAUUUGUUAAGAGCCGUCGUUGUCGUCACCGUCUUCCUCCUCCUCCUCUGCCCUAUCAUCUUCAUGGCCACAUUGUCCACCACUCCAAUCGCUUUCUCCAACUUCUUCUCCAGACCAAUGUUUAGUAAUCGCUCCAAUUUUUAUAUUAGCAGCGAAGUUCCGUCUGCGUUCCCUUCCAACAGUAUUGUAUGCGCUUCUUUUCGGCAGUUCUAUCUGCGUUUCUUUGUGGCAGUUUCAAAAAAUAAUUAUCCUUCACUUGAUGGUUGGAAGAAGCAUAUUGAUUCUAGGAACCCUAGAAUUGAAAAAUGUGAUGGAAUCUUGGAUAAUCUUGUUGGGUCACUUGAUCUGCCAAAGGUCGAAAAGUCUCCCAAGGGGAAGGUUAUGAUGCAAGCUAUGUAUGGAGUAAAGGUUCAGAUAGUAUUUGUAUAUAGUGUGUUUGCAGCGGCUUUUUUAGGCUCGACUAAGAAGUUGAUAGAUUUGGAUGUGGCUGAAAUAUAUACAUGGGUUCCAGAAUUUAAAAGUUUGCAAAAUCUUGUAAAUGAGGAAGUUAGAGUUAGAUUUUCUAGUGGGCGAUUUCCUGUGUUGAAGGAGUUGGAAGCAGUUGAUUCUGCUAUUAAGGAAUUAUACCCUAUUAUCCUUAAUGUGGUGGAACCCAUUGAGACAGAAUUAGAUCUAAAGACUGUUGAGCAAUUAGGCAGAGCGACAGAGAAGCUUUCAAAAGGAUUAGAUCUUCUUGCAAAAGGAGUGAAUGGAUUUUUUCAAGUGGUCUUGAGUGGUCGUGAUGCCUUACUAUCUAAUCUUAGAUCAGGUGGAAUUGUCUAUGGCCGUGGCUCCGGGGGUAAUAUAGGUGUGCAAGCAAUCAAUUGA